AUGUAUCUAGAUAUAAGUUAUUUGAGACCCAAGAGUUAGUAAUUCCUAAAUAAACAUUCAAGUAAUGUAAUAAGAUUUAAAAUCUAGAAUUCUAUAUUAAAUCUGGAACAGAAGGAAUGAUAGUUAGAAACAUAUAUGAAAAGGUUGAUUAUGAAGAAUAUGAAAUCAAAUCGAUUGAUAAUUUUAAAACAAAGAUAUAAGUACCAUUACCCAAUUCAUGGAAGACAAGUGAUUAUUUGAAAAUGCUUAUAUCAGCUGAUUUUUCUAUUUAAGGAGCAUUAUAAGUACCUCAAAAUAUAUAUUUAGAGAAUUUAUAAAUUCAUCUAGGUUGGCUUAAUUUAUAUUAAAACAUGGAACCAAACAUUAAUUAAUUAAAAAGUGGAGAUUUUUAUAUUUUUGGAAUAGAUAAGUAAUCAAGGCCAGUCAUAAUAAUAAAGCAUCUUGAUAAUGAGAACUUUCUAACCUUUUAAUAUUUACUGGAAACAGUGAAAAGAUAGGUAUUGAUUCCUUACUUUGUUGAAAAUUGGACUAUUAUUUAUGAUUGCCAAAAUCAAGAAUACAAUUUUUAUGAAAUUGAUGUAAUUAUAUUAAUAAUUAAAGUUCAAUUUUGAGAAUAUUAAAGAGUUGAUGAUUAAUUUUUGUGGAAAUUUAAAUAAUCUUCUCAUAGUAAAUUCUAAAUUAAAUUUUUAAUAAAUCCUUAAUUAUAUCCCUAACAAAACAUAAAUACAUUCUAAAAUUAAAUUACUAAAUAAUCUUGAUGAUUUAUAAUAAUAUAUUUUGAAAGAAUAAUUAGAAGAAAAAUAUAAUGGAGAAUGUUCAAAUGUAAAGAUAUAUUGGUAUAGCAUUUAUAAAUGAAUCUAGGCCUCCUUAGUUACCAUAAGUCUCUGAAUUAUUAAAACAUGUUACAUAUGAUUGUUAUGAAGAUUAUUAAUAUGGAUUAAGAAAGCUUUAAGAUUUUAAAGGAAGAAAUUUAAGAAAAUUUUCUUCAUUAGGAAGAUUAUCACAUUAACAUUCAAAGACAACUAGUAUGAAAAAAUCAAUAGAAUCUGCAACUUCUAGUAGUCAUCUUAAAAUUUUAGUUCAUGAGGAAAAUGGCAAUUAGUUAAUUUAAGAGGAAAUUGAAGUACUUAAUAAUUAAGGAGAAUCUGAAUUUGAUAACUAGAAGAAAAAUGAUUUAAAUUUAUAUUAAACAGAAUCUGUUGGUCUUUAAUAAUUAGAAGAGAAUAAAAAAUAAAGUUAAUUCUAAAUAAUUCUUGAAAAUGAACAUUAAAUUGAACAUAAAUGUUGUUCAGAUAAACUUAAUUGUAUGAUAUUUUGA